GGGGAAGGCUUAGUGAGAGUGAGAGGGAAAGGCAGAGAGUCAACGCUCUCUCUCAUUCGUUUCUGUUUUGUCUAAAACUACAGAAAUAAUGGAUUCAAACAGUGCUCAGACUAGUAAAGUGAAGCUGAAUGAUGGCAGAUAUAUGCCACUGCUGGGACUGGGAACAUGGCUAGCAGAGUGCUCCUCAGGAUCAUGUAAAGCAGCAGUUGAAGCAGCAGUUGAUGCCGGAUACCGUCACAUCGAUACAGCAUACUCUUAUCGCAACGAACACGAAGUAGGAAAAGCCAUUAACGGCAAAAUUCAACAAGGCGUCAUUCGACGCGAGGAUAUAUUUGUCGUCACCAAGCUGGAUUCGACUCACUUUGCCCCUGAGGACAUCCCUAAAUGCUUCAAUAAAUCUCUCAGUGAUCUUCACUUAGACUACAUUGACCUGUAUCUGAUACAUUUCCCAGUGGGUUUUCAGAAAGUAGGAGAUGAACUCUUCCCAAUGAAAGACGGAAAAUUACUCACUAAUGAAAUUGAUUAUGUGGAUGUGUGGAAGGGGAUGGAGGCUCUGAAGGCCUCAGGGAAAGUGAAGAGUAUCGGUGUGUCCAACUUCAACGUCCAACAACUGGAGAGACUCCUGUCUGUGGCCAAGGUCCCACCAGCAGUCAACCAGGUGGAACUCCACCCAUACCUGGUCCAGGCAGAUCUGAUUGAGUACUGCAAGUCCAAGAACAUUGUGCUCACUGCCUACAGCCCCUUUGGCUCUCCUGGAAGACCCAAAGAAUUUCACCAAGGAGAAAAAGACCCUGAGAAACUGUUAGAGGAUCCUGUUGUGCUCGAAAUUGCCAAGAAACACCGUCGGCCUCCUUCCCAAGUUCUGUUGAGGUAUCAUGUGCAACAGGACAUUGUAGUGAUCCCAAAGAGUGUCACACCCAGCCGUAUCGUGGAGAACUCAAAGAUCUUUGAUUUCUCUCUGUCUGGAGAGGACAUGAAGAGGCUGAAGUCUCUGGACCGUGGCUGGAGAUCCUGCGACGAAAAAGGGAUUGAGUCUCACCCAUUCUACCCCUACAAGUGAAAGAGGAGGUGAACAGGAUGGCUCUCACAUAGAACAGUUGCUGUGAAGAAUCAUCACCACUGUUGACUAUAUUUAAUAAAGACAUGAUGGUUUUAGCCUAGUCAAGAAAUUACAUAUGUGACAGAUAAAUGUUACUUUUUGUACAUAAUAACCGGAUUGUUUGCACAUAUCUACUAAUGCCUUAAUGCUAAACAUUUACUCUACGAUUAAGAGUUUGAACAUGGAUCUGAAACAAUGUUAGGCCCAGAUAUCAAGUUUUGAAUAAAAAUCUUCUCAAAAUCA